AUGGGCACCGAAGAGUUCAUGGUCAUCGGCUCGCUGCUCUCAUGUGCAGUCUUGGUGCAUCUUUAUUUGACCAAAACCGACUGGGGAGAUUUGCGUGCAUGGAUCAGCUCUGUGAUGCAUCCAUCUCCGCGGGAUGUGGCCAAGGAAACUCGGGUGGAGGAGGAGAUGGUGAAGCUUCGGCAAAGCAACUACAUCUCCUUCAGCCGCUACUCGACUCAUCUGGAGUUCGGCGUGGGCUGCUUCUUCCUUUGGGAGGCCUUUGCGACCAGUGGCUUUGAGACCAUCAUGCUACUGAUUGCUUGCUGUUUGUCCUAUUUACAGCAUCUUAUGGUGGCGAAGGAUCUCAUACAGCUCACUCCGCAACGAAUCAAGAUUGUGAACUACUGGCUACACUCCGUUUCAACGCUUGGCGCCGUCUUACCAGCUCGAGCUGGGAGCUCCUUCAAGUUCGGCCUGUGGCAGAGUUUCCUUACUGCAAUGCGCUUUUGCUUGGUCUUGUGUUGUCUAGAUCCCCAGAUCUCAAUCCCAUUCCAAGUGCUCUACACUGCAGUGGGCAUGCUCACCUAUUUCUUUGCUUUCGAUGAGUCUCGCACUGAACUUGGACCCUUAUUCUACACCCAAGUCUUUGUUUUGAUUCAAACCAUCGCUUUCUCCAUCAUCAUCGACAUGGCACUGCGCGGCCGCAUCUAUGCCAAGCUAGACACAGCAGAUGCAGAGUCUUUGGUGUCUAGCUUCCGCAGAGUCUUGAGAGGGGCAUGUGACGGUGAAGUGCUAUUGGAUAGCCAGAUGAAUGUGGCACAGGAAAGCGAGUGCCUGAAGCACCUGAUCUUGACGGAUGUGAGUCUGAAGGGCAGAUCGUUUGAAAACUUGUUGGCAGAUGGUGAGCGGCCGCGCUUCCGCGAGUUCAUUGAGGCUUCGACAAACGCCUUUGGUGCUGAACUCUCAGCACCUCCUUUUUGCUCCCGCGUGUCGUUUCGUGGGUCCGCUGGAAUUGGAGUGGCUGCGGAUGUUUACCAUGUGCCGGUGCCAGGGCUCUUUGGUGCCAAUGAGCCCUAUCACCUUGUCGCCUUCAAAGAAGAUCCUGAAUCAAGGCCCCAUCCUGAAGCCUCAGCCGAUGCAGUGCCUGCAGAGCUCCUGCAUACGACAGGAGUCCAAGAACCUCUACAACAUGCCACUCAUUCCAGAACCUCUGGAGGAACAUCCGCUUCGCAAACCUCUGAAAGUUCAGGCCGCAGUUCAUGUGCUCACAUGUGUCCUGAGUUGCGCGAAAUGACGUUGUUGUUGGAUGUGGAGACGGAGUUUCAGGAUGUUCAACAAGCACAUUUAAACUUCGAGCGGAAGGAUGAGGCUGAGUCGGAUCUGGCUCAUGCCCGCGGGCGCGGGCAGGGGAGCGGGAGCUCCAUGCCAAGCCUUCGAAGUUUGGUGAAACCUACCGACUGGGAGAAGCUGCGGAGUUUAGUGCGGAACUUUGUGGAGCUGGCCUUGAUGGAUCCAAAUCUCGAGCAGAAGCUGAUUCACAAGAUGACUGUGAAACUUCCAGGUCAAUGUGGAUGGCUCAAGGUCAAUGAAGCCACUUUGCAUCGUAUUUCUGGUGCUUCUGGACUGGUUUGGCUUCUCUUGAAAGGCUUCCGUGCGAUGCAUGCGGAAUUCGGUGGACACCCGAUCCUCAGAGCUUUGAUCCUUUUUAACCUCUUGGAUGUCUUGGACUCUGGGUCGUUCAGAUCAUCCGACUCCCUUUGUGGGGCGACGUGCUCGGCCUCUUCGCACGGGCCACGGAGGGGCCGCGCCCAGCCGCCCUCCCAGGACCCGAGACACUUCGCGGACGAGCGCCCUCCUUGGAGGGCAUCUCAGAAGGAGUCCGGCAACGAUCUGUGGCUGUCGGCCGCGCCCGAAGUGCUCGGUGAGCUCGUGAGCCGGCGGAGGGGAUUCCAGGUGGAUCCCCAGAUGAUGGGAGUGCUGGGCAGCACAGAGCACCAGAAAGGCGUGUUGGACAGGGGUCCCUCAUUUUCUGGUCACGAAAUGUUGAUGUGA